AGAAUAUGUCAUUAGAGGAGAAGUAACAAUUUUUGGUUGAUGAAAUCAUCAAUAAGGCAUAUGAUAGUGAAGACUUUACAAAAUAUAUGGAUAGAAAGAAAGAAAAUGGUGGAUAAGAUUUAGAUAUCUGGUAGAUGGAUGAAUUAAGAUAAGCAGUCUAUGAUUAUCAAAAAAUGAAGAAUGCAAUAUUGUAAAUUGUUGAUGAUGAUGUUGGAUUUAAAAAGAAAAUUGAUUGUUAAAAAUUAAUUGGAACAGAAAUAGGAAACACAAAUAAUGUGUAUAUUACAAUUGAUUAGUACAAUAUAUAUUAAUAAUAGUUUUGAUAAAAAGGAUACAGGAUUCUUUAGUCUUAGUAAAUCAUAUGUAAACUAUAGAAUUGUUACAUAACCAUUUUAAUGGGCUGUUACUAGAAGAUAUUCAGAUUUCGAAUGGUUAAGAGAAAUAUUAACUAAAUAAUAUCCUGGAGUAUUUGUACCUCCUAUUGCUAAUAAAACUCCUACUAGAUAAUUUAGUGAUGCUUAUUUAGUUAAAAGAAUGAAAUUCUUAUAAGUAAUUAUUAAAUUCCUAUGUUUUUAGAAAUUCUUAAAUCAUUUACUUAAUUCAACGAUUCUCAAGAAUGAUAAAUACUUUUGUGAAUUUUUAAGAAUGCAAGAUGAAAAGGAAUUUAAAUCUCUCCAAACUGCUUCAGAGAAAGUUCAAAAAACUACUAAGUUAGAUAAAGUUAUAAGUGAGACAGGAACAAUUGAAGUAGCUUUCAAUCCUUAAACUGAUAAUUAUAUUAAAGCUGCUGGUAAUUUAAUGACAAGUUUAAAUUUAGAUUUUGAUGUGUAAGAUAAAUUUUUAUUAUUAGAAUUAUGAAAUAAUCUAAAAAAAUGUUGUAAGAUUUUGAUAUGGUAUCAGCAACAAUGUUUUAAAUGGGUGAAUCUUUUGAAGUGCUUACUAAUCAUAUUAAUUAAUUUAAUUCUUCUGUUUAAGAACCAGAAAAGAUUUUAAAGUUUGAAGCAGUUACAAUCACAUUAAAUAAUAUGAUGAUGAUAUGGGGUAGAAACUUUUAAAAUUAUGUGAAUUACAUUUAAGAUAAUUUUAGAAAUUUCUUUAAAUAUCAUGACAAAGAGAUAGUCUAAUUAAAAGAACAUUUAUUAUUAAGAUAAUAAAGUUAAGCUGAAUAUCUAAAAUAUAAGGAAAGAUUGGAUUUAAAAAAAGAAAAGUUUUAUUAAUUAAAAGAGUUUAAUAAAUGGGAAGUAUCAAAGGAAAUCUUAGAUGAAUUAAAAUUAAAUAUUGAAAAUAAAAAAUAUUGUUUGAGUGUUAUGCUACCUAAAGAAACAUCAUAAUAAAAUGAUUUAAGGGAUACAUAUGCUUAUUAUAAUCUAUCUACAUAUAAUGAAAUUAAAAGAGUCUUUGAUUAAAAUAUUGAUAUUUAUGCAAAACAUUUUAUUAAAUUUGCUGAUAGUCAAGCUAACAAUUUAACAAAAGUAAAAUUAUAUAUAUUUUAGAUGCAUUUAACAUGGGCUGAUAUACAAGGAAAUUUAUAAGGAUUAGACUUAAUAACAUAAAAUGAUUAAAAAGUUUAAAUUAUGCAGUAACCAAAACCAAAAAAUUGA